ACGAAUUGAUUGGAGAAGAACUGAGCGUUAUGGAGUAGAAAUUAACCUCGGCGGAAGCAUGUAGGAUUCCGCCUACUGUGACAUUUGUUUAUUUUCUGAAGAAAGCGAGGUUAAACUCAAACCCCAAUAAUGCCAGCGGGUGUGUCUUGGCCUCGCUACCUGAGGAUGUUUGGGGCCAGUGUCCUUGCUAUGUUCGCAGGAGCACAGGCUGUGCACCAAUACUACCUUCCUGACCUAAGUAUUCCUGAGAUCCCACCCAGGCCCGGCGAGUUGAGGACUGAACUGCUUGGCUACAGACUUAAGGAGGAGGCUGUUUCCCUGCAGCAGCAGAUGAACUCUGCACAGAAACCUGACUGAUCAUAUGCCCUAUGAUCUCAGGGAUGGACAUGAUUCAAGUGGAUAUAUAUUUGAUAUUUUUAUGAAUGUGUUGCAGAUUUUGUUUUAUCCCUCUCAGUUAGACGACCAAAACAGUUAGAGGACCUAGGUGGCUUUGGUGAAAUUGCAAUUUUGUCACUGCUACCGUACCUUAAGUCAAUCAUCAUAAUAUACUAUGAAUUAAUAAAUACAUUGUCUGUCUUAUACUAAUUUGUUUCUUCCUGUGAAAGUGAGUCAUACUGUAUUUCCUAGGUUGCCUUAUUUACAACUUUUGGUAAUCGCAGGGUUUGGUACAUUUGUGCAAAAAUGGAGACUUGACAAGCUCAAGCAUAACAUUUUGAGUGAUACUCAUGUAAUACUUUUAUCGUAUAUUAGCGAUUUUAUUAGACAGCAUGUCCAAUAAAACUGUUACGCACGAAAAAAAGUAUUACAUAAGUAUCACUCAAAAUAUAAAAUAAGUGUCAUUAUAUUCCGUAUUGAUGUCCCUAUCAGAGCAAAUUUAAAUAGCUCUGGUCCCGACCCUUCUACGCAGGCAGUGGUCCAGACUCCAGCCCCCGGGGUAUCAUAGCAACCACA